AUGAAAAUCAUUAGUUGGAAUGCACGGGGUUUGGGGAACCCGAGGGCAUUCCGUCGAUUACGUUUGCUUGUUCAAGAGCAAAUUCCUCAUGUGUUGUUUCUCAUGGAAACAAAAGUUCUGGUUAAUUCUCUUUCUCGUUUUAAGCAAUCUUUAAAUUUUAAUAAUGGACUUGAAGUCCCUCGUGUUGGAUUAAAAGGAGGAAUUAUGUUGUUGUGGAAAGAUGAUGUAAAUGUAACCCUUCUUUCAAUGAAUACAAAUCACUUUGAUUGUUACUUGUUGUUUGACAAUGGACCAAGAUGGCAUUUUUCUGCGGUUUAUGGUUUUCCUGAAUCUGAAAAUAAAAAACUGACUUGGGCACUUAUUAAGAGACUUGCGGAUGUCGCUCCACAAGAUCCUUGGUUGUUAGUUGGAGAUCUCAAUGAAAUUUUUUCAAAUGAGCAUAAAAAUGGUGGACCGUUGAGGAAUGAAGCUCAUAUGAGAGACUUUCGUACAACAAUGGACAAAUGUUUUUUAAAUGAAUUACCAUAUACUGGGGAGGAUUAUACAUGGGCCAAAAACAAGAAAAAUAAUGCUGCUUUAAAGGAGAGACUCGAUUGGUGUCUAAUUAAUAAUGUGUGGAAGGAUCAUCUUCCACUUCCAACUAUCACUCAUUUAGAUUACUUUGGGUCAGACCACAGAGCUAUCUCAGUGGAUGUUCUCCUCAAUGAUCAGUACUCAACACAGGACACAAAUAAGAGAAGAUCAAGGUUUAGAUUUGAACAAAUAUGGUUGAAGGAACCCGACUGUACUGACAUUAUUUCUGCUAAUUGGUUUGUAGCUGAUGGCAUGGAUCCUUCUCAAAAUCUAAAGACUUGUUUAGAUCAAUGUGCUGUUAAUCUUCAACAAUGGCAUGUUAAGAAGUUUGGUAGCAUGAAGAAGGACAUAAAAAAAGCACAAAAGACAGUAACAAUAUUGAAUAAUUCGGCUGCAACUGACUCUGCUCACUGUCAAAAAGUAGUCUCGGCUGAGAUGAUAUUGGAUGAGUUAUUAGCAACUGAGGAGCAAUAUUGGAAGCAGCGAUCAAGGAUUGAUUGGAUGAAAUCUGGUGAUCGAAAUACAAAGUUUUUUCAUGCAAAAGCAUCAGCCAGGAAGUCCAACAACUCAAUUAAACAAUUGCAAGAUGCUAAUGGAACUAUGGUUGCAAAUAAGGAUGGCAUUUGUAAUAUUGUUACAUCAUAUUUUCAAGAACUUUUCACUGCUGCCGAUGAAGACCACUGGGCACUUUCUCAUGUCCUUUCAACGAUUCCAACAACCAUUACAUCAGCUCAUAAUGACUUCCUUCUACAGGAAUUUCGAAGUGAUGAAGUAUUUCAGGCCUUGAAGACAAUGGGGAGUGAUAAAAGUCCUGGGAUUGAUGGAAUGUCAGCAAUGUUUUACCAACAUAAUUGGAAUAUAGUUGGUGAUUUGGUUUCAAAAGUGGUUCUUGAUGUGUUGAACAAUGGUUCUACCCCAGAGGCUUUUAAUCAAACUUUGAUCACCUUGAUUCCUAAGAUCAAAAAGCCCACUUCAAUGAAGGAUUUUAGACCUAUAAGCUUGUGUAAUGUUGUAUACAAGUUGGUUUCUAAAAUGUUAGCUCUACGUUUGAAGGAGGUUCUACCAUGUGUUAUUUCAGAAACACAGAGUGCCUUUCUCCCAAGUAGGCAAAUUACGGAUAAUAUUCUAGUGGCUUUUGAGCUUAUUCACAGUAUUAAGCAUAGGAAAAGGGGUUCUAAGGGUUUUGCGGCACUUAAAUUAGACAUGAGUAAGGCGUUUGAUCGUGUGGAAUGGUCCUAUUUAGCUGCUGUAAUGGGUAAGAUGGGAUUUAAUAUCAGAUGGAUCACACUCGUUAUGAAUUGUUUGCAUUCUAACACGUUCUCCUUUAUAAUUAAUGGCUCUGUCACUGGUUCUGUUAUCCCUCAACGCGGGCUUAGACAAGGGGAUCCUCUCUCGCCUUAUUUAUUUUUAAUCUGUUCGGAGGGGCUUUCUCGACUUUUGCAAUAUGAGGAAGCUGUUGGUCGGCUCAAGGGGUUGGCCAUUUCAAGAUCUGCUCCAACGGUUUCUCAUCUACUCUUUGCUGACGAUAGUUUGCUAUUCUGUCAAGCAAAUGAUAGAUCUUGUGGUGCCAUCAAAAGGGCUUUGGAUAUUUAUCAUCGCGCUUCAGGACAACUUUUGAAUGAAGAUAAAUCGGUUAUGUCUUUCUCUCCAAAUACACCUCAAAAUGUGAAAAACUCUUUUUCUCAAAUAUUAGGUAUGCCUAUUAGUGAGUGUCAUGAAAAAUACUUGGGCCUUCCUGCUUAUUCUGAGCAAAAUAAGAGUCAAUUAUUCUCUGAGAUUAAAGAUCGUAUUUGGAAAUUGUUACAUGCUUGGAAUGAUAAGCUUUUCUCAAUUGGAGGAAAAGAAGUAUUGCUCAAAGCUGUAGUUCAAUCGAUACCUACUUAUGCUAUGAGCUGUUUCAAAUUAUCAGCUAAGUUUUGUAAAGAGUUAGAUGCUAUGAUGGCUCAGUUUUGGUGGGGUUCAACUCAUGAUAAGAAACGAACUCAUUGGAAAAAAUGGAAAUUUCUUUGUACAUCAAAAAUGGAAGGGGGAAUGGGAUUUCGUUCUUAUGUACACUUCAAUCAAGCUUUGCUAGCUAAGCAAGCUUGGCGUAUUCUACAAAAUCCUGAUUCUCUUCUUGCUCGGGUUUUAAAGGCAAGGUACUUCAGAACUCAUGACUUCUUGACAGCCUCCUCGGCUGGGGUAUCAUCUCUCACUUGGCAAGGUAUUUGUUUUGGCAAAGAAUUACUGAUUAAAGGUUUAAGACUCCAUGUUGGAAAUGGUAUGCACAUUAGAUGUGGAAGUGAUCCUUGGAUACCUGCUCAAACUCGUUUCACACCAGUUUUUUUCUCUGGUUUGGAGGGUAAUAUAGUGGCUGACUAUAUUUCUGCUGAUCACCAGUGGGAUAUUGAUAAACUAACAUCUGAUUUUUCAGCACUUGAUGUGGAAAAUAUACUCAAAAUCCCUCUUUCACACAAUGCUGGUACUGAUUCUUGGGUGUGGCACUAUACGGAUGCUGAGUCUUACACAGUAAAUUCAGGAUAUCAUUUGGCCUGUUCUAUGGCUUCUCAGGAAGAUUCAUCUUGUUCAAGUGCCUCUUCUACUUGGUGGAAGCAAUUUUGGAAUUUGAAUUUGCCUUCAAAAGUCAAAAUUUUUGCGUGGAGGGUGAUGCACAAUGCUUUACCUUCUGCAUCAAACUUGCAUCACAGGAGAAUAAUCAAUUCUAGCACUUGCAGUUUAUGCACAAAUGCGUGGGAAUCGAUAGGGCAUGCUUUGUUUAGUUGUAAGCAUGCUAAAGCAGUUUGGAGGUGCUCAGAUUUUUCAUUUGAUUUUACUGCUGCUAGCCGAAUGUUUGAGGGCGACUUUCUAAUCCAACUGUCUCAAUUACAUACCAAAUCUGAUCUUGAAAUGAUUAUAUGCACUAUGUGGUUUAUUUGGUCGGACAGGAAUAAUAUUAUUCACCAAAAGCAACACAAGAAACCAGCUGAUCUUUUGGCAAGUUCGAAGGCUUAUUACUGCAAUUUUCUGCAGCAAAGUGCCAUUACUGCCUCCUUGAAGCAGGUUGAUCCUGCAGUUGCUGCACAUUGCCCUUGGACACCACCAACAGAGGGGAAGAUUAAACUAAAUGUAGAUGCAGCUGUUCUUUCUUCUCAAAAUAAAUUGGGUUACGGGGCUUUAAUUCGAGACUCUACAGGGACUGUUUUGGCUGCUUGUUCCUCACCAGCGAAUGGCAAUUUCAAGUCAAAACAUAUGGAGGCCAAGGCUUUAUUUCAUGCAUUACGAUGGGCAAAUCAACUUAAUUAUCAAGUGAACAAUGUAGAAACAGAUUCCUUGGUGCUGGUUAAUGCCAUCCAUGCCUCUUCAUUGAGUGAUUUGUCUUAUCGUGACUUAAUUCUCGAUGUUAAAAAUCAAUUAUCCUACUUCCCUAAUGUUUGUGUAUCUCAUGUUCGUAGAGAUGCAAACCAAGCUGCUCACGGUUUGGCUAAACAAGCUUUAGCGAUGGAUUUUGAUUCUGUUUGGAUAGGAGAGAUUCCUCCUCCUAUAUUUUCUGUUAUUGUAAAUGACUCUUUGAAUUUAUAA